UCAUGCUCUGUCGUUGCAGCAGCUCCAUCUUUACAACACUAGCUGGCACCGGCAGCUAGCUGCCUACACCAAGAAACGUUCCUUGCGAGAGCUGGCAGCUUAGCGGAGCUCGAAAUCGCUAUCGAUUUGCAAUGCCGGACCGGGAGGAAUCAAGAAGCCCGGCGUCAUCCGGAGCUUCCUCCUCGCCGCCGCUGUCACCAGCUGAGACGGCCGCCAGGCGCAGCUCCUCAUCGGGAUGCGAGAAGCGGGCGCGUGACGCCGGGAAGCACCCGUCGUACCGCGGCGUCCGGAUGCGGGCGUGGGGCAAGUGGGUGUCGGAGAUCCGCGAGCCGCGCAAGAAGUCGCGCAUCUGGCUCGGCACGUUCCCGACGCCGGAGAUGGCGGCGCGCGCGCACGACGCCGCCGCGCUCGUCGUCAAGGGCCCUGCCGCCGUCCUCAACUUCCCUGACAUGGCCGCCGCGCUCCCGCGGCCGGUCUCCGCGUCUCCGCGCGACGUCCAGGCCGCCGCCGCGCGCGCCGCGGCCAUGGAGCCAUCUAGGAUGCUUUGCCCCUCCUCUGCCGCGACGACCGGAGGAGCAGCUGCAUUGCCGUUGCCGACCCCGGCGCUAGCCUCCAUGGAGGGGCAGCUGCAUGACGACGAGCUCGAGGCGAUCGUCGAGCUCCCGCCGCUCGACGAGGACGCCGCCGAGCUGCUCGUGCCGCUCGGCGCCGCGUCGUCGUUCUCGUUCCACGACGACGCUACGCAAGCGUCUUGCUGGCGCGACCCAGAGUGGAUCGACCACGACGUCGCUGCAGGCUACAUGGCGGCGGCGCACGAUGCCGACGAGAUGUUCGGAUUUGCUCCGGACGGCGACCACGGAUGGGCCCAGCCGGUUGGUACCCUCCUGUGGAACUUGUAAUUUCUGGUUCUGGUCGGUCUGCUAAUCAGUAAACUGCGUAAUUAACUACUGUUAAGUGUUCAUAAUCUCUUUACCUUUGAAA